UGAAAGCAAUUUUAGCCAACGGGGGCAAACUAGUAGGAGACCAUCGCGAUGGAAUUCUCUGGGCAAAAGAUGAUGCGUUCGCUCAAGUGAUGGGCAAAGAACAUUCUGGACGUGUCCGUGGGGUCGGUUUUGGACCAACCCCAUCAGGAAGAAGUGGGUCCAACCUUCCAUGUGUGCCUGGGCCGUCGUCCACUGAAACGGCCCAACGAAUGACUGCAUUGGAAAAUUCGAUGAGGGACCAACUUGCUGACUCAGAGCAAAGGCAUCAGCAGCAACUGGCCGAAGCACUGGCUGAAGCAAAGCGGGAGUCAGAUGCACGGCAUCAGCAGCAACUAGCCGAAGCACUGGCCGAAGCAAAGCGGGAGUCAGAUGCACGGCAUGAGCAGCAACUGGCCGAAGCAAUGCGCGAAUCAGAAAGACGGCAUCAGCAGCAGCUGGACGAAACAAAGCGGGAAAUGGGUGAGGCAAAGCAGAGAAUGGAUGAAAUGGUAGCCUUCUUACAAAAGAAUGUCAUCUCAAGUUUACGCGGUUAUUCAGGUAAUAGCGCUACAUCAUAGUGAGGACUCUUCAUGUAUAAUUGUUUGGAUAUUCGGAAUAUUGUAACUUCGUGGAUAUUGAAAAUAUUGUAAACAUGAUUGUAAUAUUGUGUCAAAUAUUGUAACUUCGUGGA